AUGGCUAACAUUGUUCUUCCUCUUUGUGUUCCUUCAUCAUACAAAGAUCAUCAGUAUCAAGGAUCUACUGUAGAACUUAGCAAAGAUCUAUCCAACAGUACAACUUUGUAUAUUGGAAAUUUAUCAUUUUAUACAACAGAAGAACAGAUCUAUGAACUAUUUUCAAAAGCAGGAGAAAUCAAGAGGAUAAUUAUGGGAUUGGAUAAGUUUCAAAGAACACCUUGUGGAUUUUGUUUUGUUGAGUAUUAUUCACAUCAAGACGCAUUAGAUUGUAUGAAAUAUAUUAAUAGCACCAAAUUAGAUGAAAGAAUUAUUAGAACAGAUUUAGAUCCUGGGUAUAAAGAUGGGAGACAAUUUGGAAGAGGUAGAUCUGGUGAUGAAUAUAGGCAAGAUUAUGAUACAGGACGUGGUGGAUGGGGGCAUCUUCGUGCAAAAAAUGAAGCAGAACGUGCAAGAAGACAAAAAGAAGAAUACGAAGCCAUUACUUCUAUUCCUAUGGGUGCUGGUGAAUACAAAGGAAAAGGAACUACAUCAAAGAAACAUGAAAGAGAUAGUGAUGAUCAAGGGCGUGAAGAUCAAGGUCGUGAAAAGAAUCCACGUUUUAGAGAAGACAAAUCAGAUGAUGAGGAGGAUGAAAUGCAAACUGAUGUUUAA